AUAUUGAAUGCUUGGUUGGAAUAAAAUUACUUAAUUAAGAAGUAAAGCUGGUGGAGCAGUAUCAAAAGUAAAAGAUUUUGCAAAAGAUUUAAUAACAGUUGAUGCUGAAGAGAAUGAAAAUUAAACAAAUAGUGCUAAUUAAGAUUUUCAAUAAGCAUUUGCUUAAUUAUAAAAAGGAUAUGGUUUAGCUUAAAGUCCUUAAGAUAAAUCUAAAAAAGUUAAUGAAUCAACAAAAAGUCCUAAUGAACCAACAUCUCCAAUUCAAAUUGAAAAAAAGAUUGAAAUGUAAGAAAUUAAAAAAAAUGAAUUUGAUAAUUCUCUCUUUAUUGAAAUAAAAGAAACUAUUUAAAGAACAUUUUCAUCUAUAUAAUAAACAAUAAAUGUUUAAUGGGGAGAAAAAUAAAAUAUCAAAGAAGAAAUUAAGGGGAAUUCUUUGAUAGAAGAAAAAGAUUAACAAUAAGAAUAAUAAGAAAUAAUUAAAGAAGAUUUUAAUAGUAAAAAUUAAGUAAAUUAAGAAUCUUUUAAAGAUAAAAUAAAUGAAAUUGUCAAUAAUUCAUCUAAACAGUUGGAUGUAUUGAUUUUGUAAAUUCAAAAUAAUUAUUAAGAAUCAUUAAAUAAAUUAAAUGAUUAAUUGGCAAUCGAAUAAUAAUCAAUAGGAGAUAUUGGAUCAUUGAUAAAUUAAUUUUUUAUAGCAAUAUCUCGUUAGAGUACAUUUUAUGAUAGAUUUCUUUAACUUAGAUAAUAAAAGGGAUAAUCUAAAGAGAUUGUAGCUUUAAUAGAGAAAUCACUUCUUAAUACAAGCAGUGAAAUAUUGCAAUAAAAACAAGAUUAAUAGUAGAGUAAAAAAGAAUAGUAAUUAAUAAAUGAAAAUGCAAAUUUACAAAAAAAAAUUGUAGAUUUAUAAGAAAAAUUAAAUAGCUCAAAUAAUUAAAUAAAAGAUUUAUAAAAUAGAAUAAAAGAACUUGAAAAAUAUCAAUAAGAAUGGGAUAAGAUUAAAAGAGAUUAUGCUGAAGAGAUAAAAUAAAAUUUCAACGAAUCUGAGAAUCUUAAGGCUAAGCUAAAAUAAAAAGAAUAGGAGGUAUAAUAAUUAUAUAAUACUUUCAGUUGUAAUAAAGUAAUUAAGAUUUACAAAAAUAGCAGGAUCUUCGAACACUUUUAGAGUAGAAAUAGGAAGAAAUUGAUCGAUUAGAAAAACUAUUAGAGGAAUGGUAACUUGAAAACUAAUCAUUAUAGAGUGGAAUUUAGGCAGCAUAACUUUAAUUAGAAGCAGAAAAGGUAUUGUUGAAUUAUAGUUUGUUAGGAUCAGAAGGAAAAAAUGAUAAAAAAGUUUUAGGAAGAAUUUAAGAAAUUACGAUCUGAAAUUAGUAAAGAAGAUAUAAGUUAAUUGAAAUUUUUAAAGGAAAAUAAUGAAAAACUGAAAUUAAAUAAUUCUUAAUUAAAAUUAUAAGUAGAAGAAUUAACUAUAAAACAUGAAUCUAUUUUAAGAUCUCAUGAGGAUCUUAAAUCAGAGGCAUAAGCUCUUCAUAAUAAAAUUAGGUAAGAUUAAAAUUAUGCUAAUAAUAUGGUUGAUAAAAGAGUUAUUACAAAUGUUCUAAUUUAAUAUUUUGAUUUUAAUUCUGAUUUCAAAGUGAAAGUGUAAAUAUUAGAAACUUUAGCAAGUUUAUUAGAUUUGACUAAAGAUGAAAAAGAAAAAAUAAGUAAAUUUUAAUAAAAUGUAGAUCCAUAUCGAAAUAGAUAGAAUUAAUCAUAAGUACAACAGUAGCCUUCUAGUUUUAGAGAUAAAUUUAUUGGGUUUUUAAAACAUGGUGAAUGA